AUGGCACUCAAGGAGGAGGAUCCUCACCAUCGGAGCCCCGCCGCCGAGCCCAGACAGUCCGCCAGCACGCCCACCUUCCCGCCCUCGGAGCGCGCGGCCUCCCUCAAGACGGCCGCCCCGAAGCUGUCCGCGCCGGAGAAGGCCGGGCUGGAUGACGAGGACGUGUGGAAGGAGGAGGCCUCCGAGCCCGAAGACCUCGCCACCGUCCUCCGCUAUCUCCAGCAAGUCCUCGCCGACAACGAAGACGACCUCAACUUCCCCGCCCACCUCCUCGACCGGGCCACCGAGGCCCUCCAGCCCGGCGUCCCGCCCGAAACCGUGCUCGAGAUCGCCGCCGCCAUCCGCGCCGAGCUCAAGCUGGGCCUCGAGAACUCGCCGAUGUGGACGAUCGGGAUCUUCUUGGUGUUCCUGGGCACCGGCCUGAACCAGUUCUUUACCCCGCGCCUGCCGUCGAUCAGUCUCAGCAUCACCUUCGCCCAGCUCGUCGCCUAUCCUCUCGGAUGCUUCAUGGCGCGCGUGCUGCCCGCAAAGAUGUUCCGCAUUGCCGGCUACGAAUUCACCCUCAACCCUGGACCCUUCAAUAUGAAGGAACACAUGUUGAUCAGCAUCAUGGCCAACGUAUCUUUUGGAGGGGCCUACGUCACGGACAUCAUAGCGGUGCUGAGGAUCCCGAGAUUCUACAACAACCAAGACCUGGGCCGAGACGUGGGCUUCCAGCUGACGAUGGCGUUGAGCUCGCAGCUGAUCGGGUACACCCUGGCCGGCCUGACUCGGGAAUUCCUGGUUUAUCCUUCAGAAAUGGUCUGGUGGGGCAACCUCGUCGAGAUCUCGGUCUUGAGAGCUCUGCACGUCAAGGACAACCAGCCCGCUAACGGAUGGAAGAUCUCCCAGAUGCGCUUCUUCUCCCUCUGCAUGGUUGGCUACGGAAUUUACUUCAUCCUCCCCGACGUGUUCUUCCAGACAUUGUCAUUCUUCAAUUGGACUACCUGGAUUGCGCCGAACAAUGUCAAGCUGGCCAUGAUCACAGGGACAGUGAGCGGACUAGGUCUGAAUCCGUUUCCGACGUUGGACUGGAACUUCAUGGCCAUCAACCCCGUAGCAACGCCGCUCUGGUCUAUUAUGAAUUUGUAUGGCGGCGCACUGGCGGCAUUCGCGGCUAUCUGUGGCAUUUUUUUCGGCAACGUUGCUUACACCCAAUACCUCCCGAUCAAUACCAAUGCCAUCUUCGAUCGCUUCGGAAAACGCUUCAACGCCUCCCGCAUCCUUGACUCAGUUGGCGACCUUGACCCAGUCAAAUACAAAGCCUAUUCUCCCCCCUACAUGUCUUCCGCCAGCAUCGUCGGCUUCACCGCAUUCUUCGGCCUGUAUACGAGCACGAUCGUCCACAGCGUGCUGUUCUAUCGCAAGCAUCUGUCAGGAGGAUUCCGGCUUUUUUGGCGCCAGAUGAAGAUCAACAUGCUUGCCCUCCCGCUCGUCUCGCGGCUGAUAACCCGGCGCGAGGCCAAGUCGCUCAAGGCCAAGCGGCCGCCCAUCGAGGAAUUCACCACCGACGUCCAUUGUCGCCUCAUGAGCGUGUAUCCAGAAGUUCCUCAGUGGUGGUUCAUGAUCAUUGGGCUCAUUGCGACGGGAAUGGCUGUCUUUAUGAUCGUCCACUACGAAACCCAGAUGCCGGUCUGGGGAUUAGUAUUCGCCUUCGCCAUUGCAAUCGUUUUGAUUGUCCCCACUGGGAUCGUCAGCGCUGUUGCCUCGAUCGGCGCCCCGUUGAACGUCAUCUCGGAGUUGGUUGGUGGCUACGCACUGGUGGGGAGACCCCUCGGAAACAUGCUGUUUAAGACGUACGGCUACAUCACGACUGCACAGGCUAUCAGUUAUGCAUCAGAUCUUAAGCUCGCCCACUAUGUCAAAAUCCCGCCUCGAGCCACGUUUGCCGCACAAACGGUGGGCACGAUUCUCUCGGCCUUUAUUUCGGUCGCAGUGCUGGAUUGGCAGCUGGCAAGCUUUCCCGACUUGUGUUCCCCCACGCAACGCCUCCACUUCACGUGUCCCGGAUACAACACCUUCUUCUCCUCCUCGAUCAUCUGGGGUGCCGUCGGGCCGUUGCGGCUGUUCUCCAAGGACGGACUGUACGGCUUUGCCAUGUACGGAUUCGCUCUGGGCGCAGUCGCCCCACUCAUUCCCUGGCUCGCUCUCAAAAAGUGGCCCCGAUCCGGCUGGAGACUUAUCCACACCCCUGUCAUGUUCGCCGGAGCCCUGUCCUUUGCGCCGCUAAACUUGGCAUACUUGACACCGGCAAUCCCUCUAGGAAUAUUCUUCCAGCGCUAUCUCAAGUUCCGCUACACGGCCUGGUAUGAGAAAUACGCCUUGACGCUUACGGCCGGGCUUGGCGCGGGGGUGGCCCUCUUCGGCCUGCUGUACUUCUUCGCCUUUCAAUUCAGCGGACAGGAAUGGGCAUGGGCUGGGAACACCAAGUUCUCGGAAGGCUGCGACGGAUCGUCGUGUCGUCUGAUAGAAGUCCCUGAAGGCGGAUUCGGCCCCUCCUCAUGGUCAUAA